AAUAUAAAGAUAAGGAACAACGAGUGAGCCAGAAACACAUUUUACAAAUUUUUUUUUGUUACAUGUUUUCAAUAAAAUUUAUUUUUGAGUAGAUAGAUUUUAAGUACGCUCACAAAAAAUGUUUUGGAAUACUAUUCGCGGAUUGUCGUCAACACUGUUUAAAGCAUCAAGUGGUCUAUCAACCGGCAAUAAAAUUGUGUCUAGCAAUGGGAGAAAUGUAUACACAAGCCUAGUCAAAUAUAAUGAAUUGUCUACUAAAGAUGAAACGCAUCGAGAUUCGCCAAAAGAUAGGUCAACUGUGAUACCGGCCGAAACUAGUAUUGAAUAUCUGCAAAGUGAUGCAUAUAAAGCUACGUAUGGAAAUAAUCCUGUAUGGAAAGAAUAUCGCAGAAAUCACAAAGGAAGUAUUCCACCACAAAAAACUAGAAAAACAUGCAUAAGAGCUGAUAUGAUUGCAACUGGUAAUCCAUGUCCAAUAUGUCGUGACGAAUACCUCAUACUUGACUACAGAAAUGUGGAUUUGCUCAAACAAUUCAUAUCUCCUUAUUCUGGAAAACUAUUAUCCUAUAAAUUAACUGGAAUUUGUCAGAAACAACAUGAAAAUUUGAUAGUUGCUGUAAAAAAAGCCAAAGACUGGGGAUUAAUUAAAUUUGAUCUUCCAAUCAAACAUUACAAUUAUGAUGAAUUUAAAAAUUCAAAUUAGUUUAAGUUUAUAGAGUUGUAUUUAAAAUUAGUUUACAUACUAUUUACAAUAAACACAAAUUGGGUAAUAAUUGUGUUGCUAUAAUAUUUAAACUUCAGUGAGCAAUCAAUCUAUGAUAAAAUUAAUAAAUAUAAAAUAAAAGUUGUUUUUAAAAUU